UGCGGUGAACCAACCAGCUGCCAGCCGGCCCACUGUGAGACCAGCAACCUUGAAACCUCUUGUGGUUCUUCCACUGCCUACUACGUGCCCAGGCCCUGCCAAGGAAGCAGUUUUCUUCCUGCUGCUUCUUUCAUCUCCAGCUCCUGCCUUCCACUAUCCUGUAGACCACAGAGCUACGUGUCCAGUGGCUAUCGUCCACUGAGGCUGCAGCUCAAUAGUUACCAGCCCAUAGGAGGCUGUGUGCCCAGUGGCUGUCGCCCCCAAUCCUGCUUCUCCAACAGUUGCCAGCCCCAAAACCUCCUCACUUCUGGAUGCCGACCCUCGAGUUGCUUGGCCUAUGGUCCUCAAACUGUUCACGUUGUGUCCAGCAGCCUCAGACCUCUGAGGCCUCUGUUCAGUGGUUGCCAACCUCUGACCCAUGUGAUCAACACGUGUCGUCCAUCUUGCUCUGGACUGUGA